GUGGAAAUAUAAUUUUUUUAAUCUUAAUCAAACUUUAAAAACAAAAAAAAAAAAAAAAAAUAGAUUUGUGUUUAUAUUAUUUUUUUUAUUCAUUAAUAAUAAAUAAAAAUAUUAGAUAAAUUUAUAGUUAAUCUAUAAAUAUUUAAUUUUUAUUUAAAUAAUUUAUUUAUUAAAUAUAAUUAAUAAAAAAUAAUAUAUUUUUUAUUUUUUUAUUUUUUUUUAUUAUUUUUAUUUUCAUUAUAUAAAACUUUAAAAAAUAUGUUUUAGUUUAACUUCACACAUAUAAAAUAGCAUAUAAUAUAGUAUAGUAGUAACAUAUAACAUAUAACAGUAGUUAGAAGAGAAAACUAAUAACAAGGUUAAAAUACAUAUUUAUAUAAUAAAAUAAAAAAGUAUUAAUAGCUAUAGUGGAUUAAAAAAAGUAUUUAAUACUCUUUUUUUUUUUUAUAAAUUUUUGGUUAUUUUUUGUUUUAACCAAAAUAUUUUUAAAAAAAAAUUAUAGCACAGAUUAUUAAAAAUGCACGAUAAAGAUCAAUUUAAUAACCAGGACAAUAAUAAUAAUAACAAUAACAAUAAUAAUAAUAAUUAUCCGCAGCAACAACAACAUGAUCUAAACCAAAGUUUUGAUACUCAAUCAACUAGUAGUCAAACAAAUUUAGGUUGGAUUUUAGAAGAUAAAAAAAGUCCAACAAUGGAUAAUGAAAAGGGUUAUUCAGAUAUACCAUUGGUCGAAGCAGGUGCCAGUGGUAGUGGACAACAGGGACAUUCAUUAUCAAAUAGUGGUUCUUUACCACCACAAUCAACAUUGUCAAGAGUACCAUCAUCGACUGUAUCAGGUGGCUCAAAUAAAAAAUCAACAAAGUCAUCAUCACUUCGUUCUACCAAACCUAAAAAGAAGCCAAAGGCUUUAAAAAAAGUUAAAAAGAAGAAGUAUAUUGGUACUUCAAGAAAUAUUUAUAUAAAUCAACCAGAAAGAAAUAUAGAAUUUAAAUUUUCAAAUAAUAAGAUUUCAACAACUAAAUAUACACCAUGGUCAUUUCUCCCAAAGAAUCUCUAUGAACAAUUUAGAAGAGCUGCCAAUUUUUAUUUCCUUGUAAUUGCAAUUAUUCAAUUAAUUCCAGGUAUUUCCCCAGUUAAUGCGUAUACUACAUGGAUUCCAUUAGUAUUUGUAUUGGCUGUUACUGCUGUUAAAGAAGGUAUUGAAGAUAUUAAAAGAAAUUCAUCAGAUAAAGAAAUCAAUAAUUUAGAUUCAAAAGUUUUAAGAAAUGGUAAAUUUGAAAUUAUACCAUGGAAAGAAGUUAAAGUUGGUGAUAUUGUACAAGUUAAUAAGGGUGAAAGAUUCCCAGCAGAUUUAGUAGUAUUAAAUUCAUCAGAACAACAUGGUAUUUGUUAUAUUGAAACUAGCAAUUUAGAUGGUGAAACUAAUCUUAAACAAAGACAAGCCCUUCCACAAACAUUUGAAAUUCUUCGUUCUGAAGAAGAUUUAGCUCAUUUUAGAGGAAAUAUAGAGUGUGAACAUCCAAACAAUGUUAUCUAUGUAUUCAAUGGUGCCAUUCAAAUGACUGAAGAUAGUACAAAACAUCCAUUAAAUAACUCUCAAACCCUUCUUAGAGGUUGUGUUCUUAGAAAUACUGAAUGGAUUUAUGGUGUCGUAGUUUACACUGGUGAGGAUACUAAACUUAUGCAAAAUAGUACCGAUGCUCCAUCAAAGAGAAGUACAUUAGAGAAAUUAGUAAACAGAGCCCUUAUCAAUCUCUUUAUAAUUAUGUUUGUAGUCUGUGUAGUUGGUAUGAUUGUUAGUGUUAUUCUUACAAGUACAAAUAAAGACGAUCAAUGGUAUUUAGGAUUGGAACAAAAGGAUGUUAGAAAGGCAGUCUUAAAUCUUUUCUCAUUUAUGAUUGCUUUUGCAGUUAUGAUUCCAAUUUCCCUUUAUGUCUCUUUAGAAUUAGUCAAAGUAGCCCAAGCUGUUUAUGUAGGUUGGGAUAUCAAAAUGUAUCACGAGGAAAGCAACACUCCAGCACGUACACGUACAUCAAAUCUCAGUGAAGAGUUGGGUCAAAUCGAAUAUAUUUUCUCUGAUAAAACUGGUACUUUAACUCGUAAUCAAAUGGACUUUUUAAAAUGUUCAGUUGGUAAAAUGGUUUAUGGUAAUAUGGAAAAAGAAGACGAAAAUGGUGGUUCCCAAGGUACUUCAAAUAAAUUUGGUAUUGCUAUGGAAGGUAUCCCAGGUGCUGAUGCAAACUUUUUCUUUAAGGAUCGUCGUCUUAUUCAACAUUUAGAUGAAGAUAAAAAUUCAGAACAAUCUUUCCUCAUUAACGAAUUCCUCACUUUAUUAGCAGUUUGUCAUUCAGUAGUUCCAGAUCGUCCAAAUAAAGAUGAUAGUGAAAUUAUUUACGAAGCCUCAAGUCCAGAUGAAGCCGCUCUUGUCACUGCCGCUAAAAAUUUAGGUUAUGCAUUCUACAAUCGUGAUCCAACAGGUGUUUUUGUAAAUAUCCGUGGUCGUAUUGAAAGAUUCGAAGUUUUAAAUGUUUUAGAAUUCAAUAGCGAUCGUAAGAGAAUGUCUGUUAUUUGUCGUAACCCACAAGGUCGUAUUAUUCUCUAUUGUAAAGGUGCCGAUACUACCGUGCUCCCAUUAUUAAGAAAAGAUCAAGAAGAUCUCUACUCCAUCACUUUAGAGUUCCUUCAAGAUUUUGCUGCUGAUGGUUUAAGAACUCUUUGUUUGGCCUAUACUUAUCUUGAAGAGGAAGAGUAUCAACAAUGGAAUGAACAAUACAAAGAAGCUGCUAUCUCAAUUCAAGACCGUGAUAUCAAAGUUGAUAAAGUUGCAGAGCUCAUCGAAAAGAAUUUAACUUUAAUUGGUAGUACUGCAAUUGAAGAUAAACUUCAAGUUGGUGUUCCACAAGCCAUUGCUAACCUUGCCAAAGCCAAUAUCAAACUCUGGGUUUUGACUGGUGAUAAGCAAGAAACUGCUAUUAAUAUUGGUUUCUCUUGUCAUUUGUUAACUCCUGAUAUGAGAAUUAUCAUUUUAAAUGGAAAGUCUGAAGAAGAAGUCCAAAAUCAAAUCCAGGGUGCUAUUGAUGCAUACUUUUCGGAUGAUACCGAAUCUCAUACAAACUCUGGUUUUGCUUUGGUUGUUGAGGGUUCAUGCCUUAAUUUCGCUCUCGAGGGUCAUUUAAAAAAUGUUUUCCUUCAAUUGGCUUCAAACUGUAAGGCUGUUAUUUGUUGUCGUACCACUCCACUCCAAAAGGCUCAAGUCGUUAAAAUGGUUCGUGAUACUCUUCGUGCUGUUACUUUAGCUAUCGGUGAUGGUGCUAAUGAUGUAUCUAUGAUUCAAGCUGCUCAUAUUGGUAUCGGUAUUAGUGGUAAUGAAGGUAUGCAAGCUGUUAUGGCAUCAGACUAUUCAAUUGCUCAAUUUAGAUUCCUUUAUCGUCUCUUAGUAGUUCACGGUCGUUGGGAUUACAAGAGAAAUAGUAAGCUCAUGUUGUAUUGUUUCUACAAAAACAUGGUUUUCGCUAUGACUCAAUUUUGGUUUGGUAUCUACAAUCAAUAUUCAGCUCAAACAAUGUUUGAUUCAUGGUCUAUUGCAAUUUUCAACGUAGUAUUCACUGGUUUACCAAUUAUUGUUUGUGCAAUUUUUGACCAAGAUGUUUCAGCUGAAUCCUCAAUGAAAUAUCCACAACUAUAUGCCUCUGGUCAAAAAGAUACUGAAUUUAAUUUAAGAGUUCUCUGGGUAUGGUUAGUAGAGGCUUGGACUCAUUCCGUUAUAAUCUUUUUCUUUGUUUAUGGUUUAUACAAUCAUGGUGGUACAUUAUUAGAAAAUGGUAAUACCCUCGAUUUAUGGUCAAUGGGUCAAAAUAUCUUUAUUUUGGUAGUAUUAACAGUAAACUUAAAACUUGGUUUCGAAACACGUUACUGGACCUGGAUCACUCAUUUCUCAAUUUGGGGUUCAAUUUUAAUUUGGUUUGCAUGGGUUGCUGUUUUAGCUGCCAUUCCAGGUAUUGGUUCAUCCUCAUCAGGUGAUAUUUUUGCUGUCGCUUACAAAUUAUUCUCUAGUCCAUUAUUCUGGUUAUCAUUAUUUGUUGUUCCAACUAUUUGUCUUUCACCAGAUGUUAUUUACAAAUACAUUCAAAGAAAUGUCAAACCAUAUAGUUACCAAAUCGUUCAAGAAAUUGAAAGACUCUAUGGUAAACCAUCAGAUAUAAUGUCCAAAGAAAACUUAGAUAAAUACAAACAUCAUGAUAUUGAAGAAAUGGGUGUCGAAUCUCCACAACAACAAGAAAAGAGAAAGAAAAAGAGAGCUAAGUUUAUGGCUUGGAUGAAAUCUGUUAGAACAUCAAAGAAACAUACAGGAUUCUCAUUCAGUCAUCCAAACCAAAAUAAAUCAAAUUAUAAAGAAAACGCCGAAGAUCCAAAUUAUUUUAAUUAAAUAAUCAUAAAGUUAUAAUAAUAUAUAAAUAAUAAUAUAAAGUAUUAAAAUAUUUUUAAUAAUAUCAUGUAUAUUUUAAAUCGAUUAAUCUAAAAUCCCCUAAAAAAAUAAAAAAUAAAAUUUUUUUUUUAAUUUAAUUCCUUUGAUUGUUUACAAACAGAUUUUAUUAAAAAUCAUUUAUUUUACACAUAAAAAACAUAUUUUUCAAUUUAGUAUAUAGUUUUGAUCAAAUUUUAUAAUUAAUACAUUCAUUUAAAAUUUUUGUUUUGGUAUUUAUAUCCCAUUUAAAAAACCUCCAGAUGAAAAAUAAUAAAAUGCUCAACUAAGACAUGAGGUGAAGAACAAAGUAUAAAUCAAGAAAUUUCCCUUUUGGAAUUUUUUAGGACCCUACUUUAUGUGUUCAAAUAUUUUUAUUUUAAAAUUUUAAUCAAAAACUUUGAAAAUAAAACUAAAUUAAUUUAUUUAUAAUUUUAAAUG